CUAAAUUUUGAUAACAUAGUUUCUUCUGUUUCUUUAGCCUUAUUUGAAGAGUCCUGAAGGGACAUGAACUUAGAAUUCUGUAUUCAUUUAGAGGCGCUAGUAUGCAAAUCAAAGAAAGCUGAUCCUUGUAUGUUAGGGAUUUUGUUCCUUUCUGUUUUAAGGCUCUCCUUAGAUAUUGUCCUUUAUUAAAGUCAAAAGUUCCUAUAGAGGCCUACUAUAUAUUUUUAUCAUCCCUGGUACAGGAAUUCCAUUUUGUAGACACUGACAACUAAUGGGUAAGCAUGAAAAAAGCUAGAGGUUUAGAGGGAGGAAGAAGCCUCUGAUCCUUAGAAUUAUAGAAACCCACACUGGUGCACAUACAAAACAAAUAUGCACAGCGUGUUCUUUCUCUGAUUAGAAGCACAUGAUAAUAACAACUUCUCAAAUUUACAGUAUAAAUGCUAGGAAAUGCCAGAAUCCUCAUGACAAACAGACAAAAACAAACAAACAAAGCUAACAAACCCAGAUUUCCUGUUGUCUGCCACUUGCCACAGAAUGGAUUCUUGUUGAAUGCCACCUGACAAAACAAUCACCACCAGUAGUUGAUCAGACAACCAAAAUCCCACAUCACUGAUACCAGAAGGGAAGAAAAAUGGGAUAAAUGCAAAUCUGAAAAACAACUUGGCUUAUGAGAGCCCAAAAGCUCAAUCACUAUCUAUACCACUCACCAGAAGAGCCAGGAAAGGUGAGCUGUGGAACUAUGGGAUCCAAGUCGGAAAAAAGUACACCUUCAGGCUGCAUAUUUCCCUAGGCCCUGAAGGUAGGAAUCAGGUGGGAAAAUCUUGGUAAAGCCUCUGGGUUGUUGUGAUCUCUUUGCCCUCAGCCCUGCCCCCUGCUUUCUAUUUCCCUGGGAGAUCUCAUUCAGCCCUGCGGCCUGCUGUCUCCUUUGGCCAUUUCAGGGAUGACUGGGGCUACCUUACUCUCUAUGAAGGUAGAAUGGCAUUGAAGGGGUUUCUCUCAGCUCCUCUGCUUCUGCCCUAGUCUUCCAAAGGUGAAAGUUUAGCGUGCCUAGGGGUCUUCUCUCAGCUCUUCUAACUAACUGCCCCUUCCCUUUCUGUAACACUAUUCCCAGCAUUUGAUGAAGACUAGUGUAGUAAAGACUUGGGGGUAGUGCAGUCUGACUCUUUCUGGAGCUCUUCCAGAUUCUAAUCUGUUAUGCCAGCCCCACACAUGGCCUGGAAAAGUUUGUUAGAAGUUAGGCUGAUUUCUUCUGAACCCCAUUUGUGGUAGAUUUUUCCUCCUCACUCUGUUUCAGGCAGAGAUGAGAGCUGUUGUGGUUCUCUUCUUACAGAGGUCUUGUCAUUUCUGGAGUUUAGUUCAGGGGUUGGCAAACUUUAAAGGGUCAAAUAGUAAAUAUUUGGGACUUUGUGGGCCAAGAGGCAAAAUCGAGCAGUUCUUAUUGAAAGACUAUUCAUGCUGAGUAGUCUUUUUCACAUUCUAUAGUUAAAAAUGUAAAAACUAUUCUUAGCCAGACAAAAACAUGGUUCAGCUGGAUUUGGUCCACGGGCCAAACCAACCCAUGGCUUGAUUCAUUUAGGUUUCUUUGCGUCCUCACUGAUGGAUUUCUAAAAAUCUAUGAUUAUGUCAUCUCUCCAGCUUCAUUCUGUUGGUAUGGUCAGAAGUCUGUACCAAGCCACUAUACUGAUGUCGUGCCUUUAUCUGACCCUGGAUCUGAUCUCAUCCCAAGGCCUAAAUCAUUUGAACACUGUUACAGGCACAUAGAGAAAUGUGGAAGCCCAUCUCAUUGUUAACUUCUCAGAAGAAGAUAACUGAAUGAAUGUCCUAAUCAAAUUUAUACAUCUUUCAGAUGUUAAUAAUCCAGAACAUAUCCACUGAUACUAAUGGUAAACGUUUUUACCAUUUGUGAAUUUAAGGUAACCACAGGUAUAGUUAACCUUAGGACAGGAAUUAGAGUAUACAUUAAAAUAUAUAUGUACGUAUAUAUACAUUAAAGUUUACAUUACUCUCUUGUUAAUUAAUCUCUGUAGAUACAGUCUGUUUAUACCCACAGAACAAAGAAGUGGUUUUUUGGUGUUGAUGACGAAAAUGGUUCCACAUGAUCCUCCAAAUGAUGUGUUUGCACUUUAAUAUGUUGGCAAGCAUGUUUGGGUGCUGUUAAUUUAGGGUGCCCUGAUUUUAAAAGAACAUUUGCUUUACUAGGGGAAGGGGAUAUAGGGGUUGUUUGAUGGGUAUAGAGUUUCAGUUUUGCAAGAUAAAGUUCUGGAGAUUGCUUGCACAACAGUGUGAAUAUACUUAACACAACAGAACUGUACACUUAGAAAUGGUUAGGAUGGCAAAUUUUACAUCAUGCAUUUUUUUGCCAUAAUACAAAAAUUUGCUUUAAAAAUAUUACUACAUAAAUAAUACCUGAUAAUUAUGGAAAAAUCGGAAAAUACAGACAAACAAAAAGGGAAAAUAAAAAUCACCCACAAUCCUAACAGCUAAGGUUAACAAUUGGCUGCAUAAAUUAUGUAUAUAUAUAUGUAGCCUGACUAUCUCAAACAAAGUUUACACUAUUUUUAACAGUAUUUUAAGAUCUAUGUUCUUAAUUUUAAAAUCCAGAGAAGGAGCAUAUUGCACACUUCUAUAAACUCUGAGGCCUUAAAACAAAAGUGAAACUGCACAUUUAGGGGAGCAUGCACCUCCAUUGAUGCUUCUCUUUUUAGGCUAUGUGUCCUCAGGAGAAGGAAGAGCUCCUCCACUUCCUGAUUUGUCAGCUCUGCUGACAUCUUUCAGUGGUUCCUUUUAGAUCUGACCACACCCACAGAGGUUUCUGGUACUUUGGGAACUGGUGAGUACCUGUCCUUGGGGCUCCUCAGUCACGUGCCUAUGCACUGGGUAAUAUCAAUAUAUGUCUAAGCAAGGUUAACGAUUAAAUUGUUGGGAUGAAAGGUCAGGAGACUUGCCUUUAGUUGGAACAUCAGAACAUCAGAAUGGGAGAAAGUGCAUUGCUCCUCACCUUCCACCUUCUCUGAGGAAAAAAAGUAUAUAAGAAACAAUACAGUCAUACAAGAGUCUUCAUUCUGGAAGUGCUUCAGGAAUCAUGGUGGAGAAGUUCUGCGAUUCUACUUUUUGGAAUUCCUCAUUCCUGGAUAGCCCGGAGGCAGACUUGCCACUUUGUUUUGAGCAAACUGUUCUUGUUUGGAUUCCCUUGGGCUUCCUUUGGCUCCUGGCUCCUUGGCAGCUUUUCCGUGUAUUUAGAUCCAGGACCAAGAGAUGGCCUAUAACCAAACUCUACCUUGCUAAGCAGGCACUUGUUGGGCUUCUUUUUGUUCUAGCAGCCAUAGAGCUGAUCCUUGUACUCACAGAAGACUCUGGACAAGCUACAGUCCCUGCCAUCAGAUAUACCAAUCCAAGCCUCUACCUGGGCACAUGGCUCCUGGUUUUGCUGAUCCAACACAGCAGACGAUGGUGUGUACAGAAGGACUCAUGGUACCUGGCCCUAUUCUGGAUUCUGUCAAUAAUCUGUGGCACGUUCCAAUUUCAGACUCUGAUCCGGACACUUUUAAAGGGCAACAAUUCUAAUCUGGCCUAUUCCUGCCUAUUCUUCAUCUGCUAUGCAUUCCAGAUCCUGAUCCUGAUUCUUUCAGCAAUUUCGGAAAAAGAUGACUCAUUGAAUAAUCCAUCAACCACUGCUUCUUUUCUGAGUAGCAUUACCUUUAGUUGGUAUGACAGCACUGUUCUGAAAGGCUACAGGCACCCUCUGACACUUGAAGAUGUCUGGGAUCUUGAUGAAGAUGUUAAAACCAAGACACUAACCAGCAGUUUUGAAGUGUACAUGACAGGAGAGCUGCAGAAGGCCAGGCGGGCAUUCCAGAGACGGCAGCAGAAGAACUCCAAGAGAAACUCUGGAACCAGGCUGCAUAGCUUGAACAAGAAUCAGAGUCAAAGCCAAGAUGUCCUUGUCCUGGAAGAAGCUAAAAAGAAAAAAAAGAAGUCUGGGACCAAAGAAGAUUAUCCCAAGUCCUGGUUGGUCAUGGCCCUCUUCAAAACUUUCCACGGCAUACUCCUGAAAUCGUUCCUGCUGAAGCUGGUGUAUGACAUCCUCACGUUUGUGAAUCCUCAGCUGCAGAAGUUGCUGAUCUCCUUCACAAGUGACCUUGACACAUAUGUGUGGGUUGGAUAUAUCUGUGCAGUCCUCUUCUUUGUUGUGGCCCUCGUCCAGUCUUUCUGCCUUCAGAGUUACUUUCAACUGUGUUUCAUACUGGGCACGAAAGUACGGGCAACCGUCAUGGCUUCUAUAUACAAGAAGGCCCUGUCUCUAUCCAACCAGACCAGGAAGCAGUACACCAUUGGAGAAACAGUGAACCUGAUGUCUGUGGAUGCCCAGAAGCUCAUGGAUGUAACCAAUUUCAUCCACUUGCUGUGGUCAACUGUUCUACAGAUUAUCUUAUCCAUCUACUUCCUAUGGGCAGAGAUGGGACCCUCAGUCUUAGCAGGUGUUGGGGUGAUGGUGCUCCUAAUCCCACUUAAUGGGAUACUUGCCACCAAGAAUAGAGCUAUUCAGGUAAAAAAUAUGAAGAAUAAAGACAAACGUUUAAAGAUCAUGAAUGAGAUUCUCAGUGGGAUCAAGAUCCUGAAAUAUUUUGCCUGGGAACCUUCCUUCAAAGACCAAGUCCACAACCUUCGGAAGAAAGAGCUCAGGAACCUUCUGACCUUUGGGCAGUUGCAGUCUGUGAUGACAUUUCUCUUAUACUUAACUCCUGUCCUGGUGUCUGUGACCACAUUUUCUGUUUAUGUCCUGGUGGAUAGCAAUAAUAUUUUGACUGCUGAAAAGGCCUUCACUUCCAUCACCCUCUUCAAUAUCCUACGCUUUCCCAUGAGCAUGCUUCCCAUGUUAAUCUCCUCCAUGCUCCAGGCCAGUGUUUCCGUAGAUCGGCUAGAGAAGUACUUGGGAGGGGAUGACUUGGACACAUCUGCCAUUCGACGUGACUCCAACUUUGACAAAGCUGUGCAGUUUUCAGAGGCCUCCUUUACCUGGGACCGUGACAUGGAAGCCACAAUCCGAGACGUGAACCUGGACAUUAUGCCAGGCCAGUUGGUGGCUGUGGUGGGCACUGUGGGCUCUGGGAAAUCCUCCUUGAUGUCAGCCAUGCUGGGAGAAAUGGAAAAUGUCCAUGGACACAUUACCAUCAAGGGCACUGUAGCCUAUGUCCCACAGCAGUCCUGGAUCCAGAAUGGCACCAUAAAGGACAACAUCCUUUUUGGAGCAGAGUUCGAUGAAAAGAGAUACCAGCAAGUUCUGGAGGCCUGUGCCCUCCUCCCAGACUUGGAAGUGCUGCCUGGAGGAGACCGGGCUGAGAUUGGAGAGAAGGGUAUAAAUCUUAGUGGGGGUCAGAAGCAGCGGAUCAGCCUGGCCAGAGCUACCUAUCAAAAUUCAGACAUCUAUAUUCUAGAUGACCCCCUGUCAGCUGUGGAUGCUCAUGUGGGAAAACAUAUUUUCAAUAAGGUCUUGGGUCCCAAUGGCCUAUUGAAAGGCAAGACUCGACUCUUGGUUACACAUAGCAUUCACUUUCUUCCCCAAAUGGAUGAGAUUGUGGUUGUGGGGAAUGGCACCAUCUUGGAGAAGGGACCCUACAGCACUCUGCUGGCCAAGAAAGGAGUGUUUGCUGAGAAUCUGAAGACGUUUGUCAAGCAGACGGAUCCUGAAGGAGAGGUCACAGUCAAUGAGGACAGUGAAGAAGAAGAUGACUAUGGGCUGAUGCCCACUGUGGAGGAAAUCCCUGAGGAAGUGGCCUCCUUGACCACAAAAAGAGAAAACAGCCUUCGUCGAACACUUAGCCGCAGUUCUAGGUCCAGUAGCAGGCAUCUGAAGUCCCUAAAAAACUCCUUGAAGACUCGGAAUAUGAAUAACAUGAAGGAAGAGGAAGAAGUAGUGAAAGGACAAAAACUAAUUAAGAAGGAAUUCAUACAAACUGGAAAGGUGAAAUUCUCCAUCUACCUGAAAUACCUUGGAGCAAUAGGAUGGUGUUCAAUAGCCUUCAUCAUCUUGGCCUAUAUAUUAAAUUCUGUGGCUUUUGUUGGAUCCAACCUCUGGCUCAGUGCUUGGACCAAUGACUCUAAAAACUUCAAUGCCACCAACUAUCCAGCCUCUCAGAGGGACUUGAGAGUUGGCGUCUAUGGAGCUCUGGGAUUAGCACAAGGUGUAUUUGUGUUAAUAGCAAAUAUCUGGACUGUCUAUGGUACCACCCAUGCAUCAAACAUCCUUCACAAGCAACUGCUGAACAAUAUCCUUCGAGCACCCAUGAGUUUUUUUGACACAACACCCAUAGGCCGGAUUGUGAACAGGUUUGCUGGCGAUAUUUCCACAGUGGAUGACACCCUCCCCAUGUCCUUGCGCAGCUGGAUUUUAUGCUUCCUGGGGAUAAUCAGCGUCCUUGUCAUGAUCUGCAUGGCCACUCCAAUCUUCAUUGUCAUCAUUAUUCCUCUUGGCAUCGUUUAUGUGGCUGUUCAGAUAUUUUAUGUGGCUACGUCCCGCCAGCUGAGACGUCUGGACUCUGUCACCAGGUCCCCAAUCUACUCUCACUUCAGUGAGACCGUGUCAGGUUUGUCUGUCAUCCGCGCCUUUGAGCACCAGCACCGAUUUCUAAAACACAGUGAAGUGGGGAUUGACACUAACCAGAAAUGUGUCUUUUCCUGGAUUACUGCCAACAGGUGGCUUGCAGUUCGUCUGGAGCUGAUUGGGAACCUGGUCGUCUUCUUUUCAGCCUUGCUGAUGGUUGUUUAUAGAGAUACCCUAACCGGGGACACUGUGGGCUUUGUUCUGUCCAAUGCACUCAAUAUCACACAAACCCUGAACUGGCUGGUGAGGAUGACAUCAGAAACAGAGACCAACAUUGUGGCUGUUGAGCGAAUAGAUGAGUAUAUAAAUGUGGAAAAUGAGGCACCCUGGGUGACUGAUAAGAAGCCUCCGGCAGGUUGGCCUAGCAAAGGGGAGAUCCAGUUUAGCAACUACGAAGUGCGGUACCGGCCUGAGCUGGAUCUGGUACUGAAAGGGAUCACUUGUGACAUUAAGAGCACGGAGAAGAUCGGUGUGGUGGGCAGGACGGGAGCUGGGAAGUCAUCCCUGACAAACAGCCUCUUCAGAAUCCUAGAGGCUGCAGGUGGCCAGAUCAUCAUUGACGGGGUAGAUAUUGCUUCCAUUGGGCUCCACGACCUCCGAGAGAAACUGACCAUUAUCCCCCAGGAUCCCAUCCUGUUCUCUGGGACCCUGAGGAUGAAUCUAGACCCUUUCAACAACUACUCAGAUGAGGAGGUUUGGAAGGCCCUGGAGCUGGCUCACCUCAAAUCCUUUGUGGCUGGCCUGCCACUUGGGCUGUCUUAUGAAGUGGCAGAAGCUGGUGACAACCUCAGCACAGGGCAGAGGCAGCUACUGUGCCUGGCCAGGGCUCUGCUUCGGAAAUCCAAGAUUCUGAUCAUGGAUGAGGCCACUGCUGCCGUGGAUCUAGAGACAGAUCAACUCAUCCAGACGACCAUCCAAAAUGAGUUCUCCCACUGCACGGCCAUCACCAUUGCCCACAGGCUGCACACCAUCAUGGACAGUGACAAGAUAAUGGUCCUAGAUAACGGGAGGAUUGUAGAGUAUGGCAGCCCUGAAGAACUACUGAAAAACUCCGGCCCCUUUUAUCUUAUGGCCAAAGAAGCUGGCAUUGAACAUACGAACAGCACCUCAUUCUGACAGCAGGUCCCAUGGGUUAGGGAAGGACUAGAAGGAUCAUUCGUCAUUUAAUUUUACUUUUUUUGUGGAGUAUAUCAUACACACAGAAGUGUGUGUAAAAUAUACAUUUUAAAGAAGGAUCAUCAGCGAACACCCAUGUACCCACUACCCGGGUUAGGGAAGGAGUAUAACCAGCUACAUCGGACCCCCUGAGGAUCCCAGUUUGAUCAGAGCCCCUUGCUACCCACCCCCCAAGAGAGAACCACUACCCUGAAUUUCCUGAUCGUAUCUCCUUGCUUCUCAUUUUAGUUUUACCACUUUGUAUGUAUCCUUAAACAAUGUGUACAUUUUUAAAGUUACGUAAAUGGCCUGACUCACUGCAUGGAUUCUUCUAUGAUUUUUGUUCAUUACUAUUUUUUGACACUCAUCCAUGUUGAUGCACGUAGUGAUGUCAGUUCAUUCUCACUGCUCUGGAGUCUGGCAGUGUGUGAAUACACCAGUGUAUCCAUUUUCAUGUUGGUCAGCAGUAGGAUUAUUUCUAGAGGGUUUUUUUCCCUAUUAUGAACAAUACUGCUGUGAACAUUCUGGUUUAUAACUCCUGAGAUAUACGUAUGAGUUGCUUUAGGAUAUAAAUGUCGGAAUAGGGGAUACGUACGGGUUUACAUGCAUAUACUAGGUAAUGCCAAUCUGGUAAUGCCAAUUUAAAACAUUUUGGUCAAUCUGCUAA